GGAGAGCAGGGGGAGGAUCCAGCGCUGCGGCCGUCUUUCUUUUCACUAACUCUGGAGUUGAGUUUAGAAGAGUCUGAAAUGACUAAUGAGAAAGCAAUGAGCUCCGAGCAGCAGUGAUCCUGGACUAAAUUCUGAAUCCUCAGCACAGUCUGCAGCUGAUUUACAGCUAAACUAUGACGAGGUGAAGUGAGUUUCCCUCUCGUCUGCUAACUCUCCACCAGACAAGAUGGAGGAGGGAUAUGAACUCGACCUCACCUAUGUGACGGAGCGCAUUAUUGCCGUGUCCUUCCCUCAAGACUGCUUCGAGGAGACAUACCUGCGCAACCUGAGAGACGUCACACGCAUGCUCAAGUCCAAACACACAGACAACUAUCUGGUGAUCAACCUGUCAGAGAGAAAGCAGGAGCUCACUAAGAUGAACCCUAAGACUCUGGACACGGGAUGGCCGGACUUCCACGCUCCUCCUCUGGAUAAGAUCUGCAGCAUCUGUAAGGCCAUAGAGAACUGGCUGAACGCCGAUCCGCUGCACGUGGUGGUCAUUCACUGCAGGGGAGGGAAGGGCAGGAUCGGAGUGGUCAUCUCCUGCUUUGUUCAUUUCACAGACGUCUCUGCCAGGUACCUACACUCUUCACACGCUCCGACAGAUCUCACUCUCAGUCAUUAUCACAGGAGGAGCUCAACCAUGAACACGUCUCCUCUCUUCCUCCACUGCAUCAUCAUUCAUGGCGUCCCUCACUUUGACCCUGCAGGAGUGUGUCAGCCGUAUCUGAAGGUGUAUCAGGGGACACAGGUGGUCUAUGUCUCAGGAGUCUAUCACGUUGGAGCCGCUCACAGAGACAGGAUCUGCAUCGCUCUCGAACCUGCACAGCUACUGAAGGGAGAUAUUCUGGUGGAUGACAGUGUUCCCUUCACGCACAGUGAGUCUCGCUCAUCUCUCCUCUCUCCAGCGGCUCCUCUCCAUCCUCCUGCUGUCGUGCUGGACCGAUGCUCGGCGAGGAAAUAUGUUGAAACUGUGGAUGACAGUGUUCCCUUCACGCACAGUGAGUCUCGCUCAUCUCUCCUCUCUCCAGCGGCUCCUCUCCAUCCUCCUGCUGUCGUGCUGGACCGAUGCUCGGCGAGGAGCGCCACGCUCUCCAGAGCCCAGCAGAGCACCUCCUCCAGCCCCGACCACACGCUCUCGGCCAGCAGCGACUCGGGUCUGUCCAGUGCCUCGCUGCGCACCGACGGCUGGCCCAGAACCCCGCAGCCCAGCCAGCAGGAGCGCGUGGAGCUCAAGCGGCUGCUCAGCGGCUUCGGCCUGGACGAGACGAGCCGAGGCUGCGCCGCCACGGAGCCGCCCGUGAGCCCUGCGCCGCUGCACCUGAACGGACGCCUGCGGCCAAAAGAGCGCGAGACCGACAUCCUGGACGACGAAGCGCUGACCUCACGGCACGACCUGCACAGCGUGGACAGUCUGGGCACGCUCUCCUCGUCCUGUCACCAGAGCAGCCAGAACUCGCUGCUGUCCGACGGCUUCGGGAGCCCCAGCCGCGCAGACGAGCCUCAGACGCACGCAGCGGCCGGGGACGAGUCCGAGCGCAGAGCCGGCUUCGCUCACAGGGGCGCGUCGCUGCCCGUCAGCUCUCCCAGACAUGUGUUCCAGCACGCAGGAUACUCCACGCAGACCUGGGUCCAUCAGCAGCAGCUGGUCGCCGCUCAGCAGUACCUGUACCUGCCGGGGGAGGACGCCACAGAGCACAUGCAGCAGCUGCUGCCUAAACCCGCCGUGCUGGACAGCGGUCCAUCGAGCCCCGUGAUCUCUCAGAGCCACGACACGGACAAGAAACACGACGAGGAGUUCAGCUCUCUGACGCUGGACAUCGAUAACUCCAUCCAUCAGCUCAACCAGCUCAUCCUGGACCUGGAUCCCACCUUCGUGCCGGUUUCCACCAAACCCAGCGGCUUCAGCGGCGCAGACAGAAACGGACACCCGCAGACAGACGGGACUCAUCAGAGGGAGAACAGAUUCAUAAUGAGCCCAAAGACGGACCUCUCUGGAGCACGAGGAGAGACGGCCUGGACACUGAACCUGACCACUACAGAUGGAAACACACUGACCACUGCUGCACCACACACACAGCAUGCAGCUGUGUUCAGAGCAGACGGUGUGCAGUACUCCUCUCACAGUUCACUGGACACAGGCAGUGAUGUGAUGCCCGCAACACCAGCCUUCCCCAUCACACCACCCACUCCAUACGUGAAGAGCAUGAUGGGUUAUUCACCCUUCAGACAGGCUCCGUCUCCUUCAUUUGGAUCUUGUAGAGCUGAACACGAAAUGAGAGAGACCGCAGUAUUCAUGGGAGCUUCAGAUGAGGGUUUCCAGCAUCACAGACCGUUCGUCGCUGGAGUCACGGCCUUCUCUGACCGGUCUGCAGACUGUGUGAGCUUCGCCCCGUCCUCGGUCCCGUCUCUGUCCGCUCCAGACGCCCACAGCUCUCCUCUCAGCGGCCCGAGAGCCCGAGUCCUGCAGCAGACCUUUGAGGAGAAGUUCAGCCUCGGCCCGGCGCUGGAGGGACUGGAUUACCAGCAGAAGCUCCUGCUGGCGUCAGACGGCGAGCACUCGCAGGGUUCAGCGUCUCCCAGCGGUUUCUCCAGUCCUCACAGCGGCAGCUCGCUGAGCAUCCCGUUCCCCAGUGUCCUGCCGGAGCUGCAGAGCCGAGCGAACCCCGCCGCAUCAGACCAGCUCUCCAGCAAACCACUGACGGUCAAGUUUGUCCAGGACACCUCGAAACACUGGUACAAGCCAGACCUCGCACGGGACCAAGCUAUCGCGGUGCUGAAGGACAAAGAGCCCGGCUCGUUCAUCGUCCGGGACAGUCACUCCUUCAGAGGCGCAUAUGGACUGGCCAUGAAAGUGACCACACCGCCGCCAUCAGCACUGCAGAGCCGGAGAGGAGUGGAUCUGUCCAGUGAGCUGGUGAGGCACUUCCUGAUCGAGUGCUCGCCGCGGGGCGUCCGGCUCAAGGGAUGCCCAAACGAACCCUACUUUGGCAGUCUGAGCGCUCUGGUCUGUCAGCACUCCAUCACUCCUCUGGCUCUUCCCUGUAAACUCAUCAUUCCUGACAGAGAUCCUCUAGAGGACGCUGUCAGCGCAUCCCCACAGUCCAUCACCAACUCUGCAUCCGAACUCCUCAAACAAGGAGCAGCCUGUAACGUGUGGUUCCUGGGCUCGGUGGAGAUGGAGUCUCUGACGGGGUUUCAGGCGGUGCAGAAGGCCACCACUGCGGUCCUGAGCGCCGACUCGCUCCCGUCCUCCACCGUAGUGCACUUCAAAGUGUCCUCGCAGGGAAUCACGCUCACCGACAACCAGAGAAAACUGUUCUUCAGAAGACACUACGCAGCAAACACAGUCAUAUUCUGUGCUCUGGACCCGCAGGACCGGAGAUGGAGACGAGACGGCUGCGGCUCAGCCAAGAUCUUGGGGUUUGUGGCGAGGAAAGCAGGCAGCGGUUUGGAGAACGUGUGUCAUGUGUUCGCGGAGCACGACCCCGAGCAGCCCGCCAGCGCCAUCGUCAACUUCGUCUCUAAAGUCAUGAUCGGCUCGCAGAAGAUGUGAUGUGUUCAUCUCACGAGUCGACAGAGAGACGAGGGACAAAACCUUCUGAAAACCAGCAUGUACAGUGUUUGUAUAUUUAUGCAUUGAAAGUGUAAGUAUGGUUUACAGACUCGAAAGGAAUUAAUAAUAAAUCUCAACAUACGUGUGUAUGAACAGUAAUGCUUUUUUAAAUUAUUUUUAGUAUUUUGUGUAAUGGAUCCUACUACUGAUGACAUAAAACCAAAAACGCCUUUAUAAUGUCAUUGCAUUUUAGAUAUCUACAGUGUAUAUUUAGUAUUUUAAAUUUUUUACUUGCAAAUUUCUAUUACAUAUGCCAAGUCGUUUUCUACCGGAAAAACUUUAUACUUGAUAUAUAUACAGUAAAUAUAAAAAAGUUCUGCAUGUAAAAUAGUUUGAGAUGUCUUUAGCUUCUCAAUGGCAGUCGUGUUGUUCAGAACCAGUGCUCACAACACGAGUGCAGAAGACUGAAGAUUUGUGAUUUUAGGGUCUUACUGACUUGUGUGUAUCGUAUCUCUUCUUCAUGUCAUGAUGCUGUUUUGAUAUAAAGUGAUGACAGUAGUUGUGAAGGAGAGGCUGUCGUGUGUAGUACAGGAAUAUCUGUAUUAAGGGUGUUCAGAGAUGAUUCAUGAUCUGUGUUGUUCUGUGGACCGCUGGACUCUCAUAAACUCAUCUGAACAGAACUGAGCAGCUGUCAUAAUGUUCAGCUAGCACAAAUGUGCUGACUACAUUCACACAGAUAACGGUUGAGGGCUCUGCUUACUUAUACUUGAUCUCGUUAAAGUCACUGGUGAUUUUCAGAAACUGAAAUGAACCACACACACACGGGUACACACACACAGACACACACACACAGGUACUCUCACACUCACACAGACA